GCUGCCGCUCCCAGUCCAGUGAUGGGCAACAUGCCACCAAAUGAUGGCAUGCCAGGAGGACCCAUGCCCCCGGGCUUCUUUCAAGGUCCUCCAGGAUCUCAGCCCUCCCCUCACACGCAGCCCCCCCCACACAACCCCAGUAACCCCAUGAUGGGACCUCACGGACAGCCCUUCAUGUCUCCACGGUACCCAGGCGGCCCAAGGCCCGCCCUCCGUAUGCCAAAUCAGCCUCCUGGGAGCAUCCCCGGGUCACAGCCUCUCUUACCAAACAGCCUGGACCCCACCAGACCUCAAGGACAUCCAAACAUGGGCGGUCCAAUGAGGAUGAAUCCCCCGCGAGGCAUGGGGGGCAUGGGCCCACAGAACUACGGCGGAGGAAUGAGGCCUCCUCCAAACUCCAUGGGGCCAGGGAUGCCGGGCAUGAACAUGGGUCCCGGUGGAAGAGGGCCGUGGCCAAACCCCAACUCCAACUCAAUAGCUUACUCAUCUUCAUCUCCGGGCAACUAUGUGGGCCCUCCAGGGGGAGGCGGCCCACCAGGAACUCCCAUCAUGCCAAGCCCCGGAGAUUCGACAAACUCAAGUGAAAACAUCUACACGAUGAUGAACCCUAUCGGCCCCGGUGGAAAUAGACCUAAUUUCCCAAUGGGACCGGGUCCUGACGGGCCCAUGGGCGGGAUGGGGGCCAUGGAGCAGCAUCAUAUGAACGGAUCACUAGGUUCUGGUGACAUGGAUGGAUUGCCAAAGAAUUCUCCCAACAACAUGGCAGGCAUGAACAAUCCUCCCGGCACUCCGCGGGACGACGGCGAGAUGGCAGGCAACUUUUUAAACCCAUUCCAAAGUGAAAGUCCCCUGGGGAUGCACCUGGAAAGCAGGACUCCCCUCAAGGCCCCCCAUCCCAACGCCUGUAAAAUGGGUUUAAGAACAUGAAAAGGCCUCCAAGCAACAGGAAGGGUGUCUGCGCCGCUUCUUCUUCGCCUGCCGGGCCUCAACACGGGCCCUCGGACAGUAAGAGCCCGAACCUGCUCCAAGCCUGUCUCUCCCAAACCCAAAAACCUGCCCUCGUGGGUGGCAUUCAAUCCCAAAACAAGAUGCCGCGCUGCAUCUACCACCACUCCAUCAUAUCACACCGAUCAUAACUUAUGAGGGCACGCAGUUGUUGACUGACAGGGGCCGAAUACCCUCAUUCAAAAACUCCUGUGUCAGGAAUGAUUACAACAACAAAAAAAAGAAAAAAAAAAGUAAAAAAAAAAAAAAAACUGAUAAUGUUAUUCUAGGGCAAGAAUUAAAUGUUUGUAUUUUUUUUUGUUGUUGAUGGUAAUAUUAUUGUUAUAAUUUUCAUAAUUGAUAUUAUUCUACUAAUGUAGUUAUGAUUUCCUGUAAAGGGCACAUUUGUAUCUCAGCAGCAGCGACAACAAUGACAGAAUAAGCACACACUCGGAAAAAAGAAAAAAUGCACAAUGAUUUUCUGUUUACAUGAUUUUAGGUUAUUUGUUUGUCUUCUUUCUUCGUCACGGUCUUUCUCUCUUCACGCACCUCUCCUUAAAAACGUCUUCUGGGCUCGUAGCUUGAGCCUUUGCCAUCUUAAUGUUUAGAGCCUCGUACGUAUAAAUGUUCAAAGCAUCAGUGAUCGGGGUAAUUGGCUGUCUCAUCUAAUAGUUUACUAUCUCGGCUAAAACUAUCCAUACAGUUAAAACGGAGGCUUUUUUCCGAGCUCUGCAGUUUUCUGGUACAAAGUGUCCGCUGAUGCACCUCGAUGUCUAGCUAUCUUGUCUUAAUAAGCACCCCUUCUCUCAGUGUUCUAUGUUUCACUGCAUGGGAAUGGCUCGGAGGUGCCAGUUUUCAUUCGGUAAUAGGCAGAGCAAGAGGGCAUAUCUCUUCUAUGGAUUUGUUCUUGUCUGUAAAUACAACAUAUUUAGCCUGUAUUGUGGUUUGUUUUUAUUAUUUGUUAUUUACAACUUGUCUGUGGUUUCUUCCCUUCCAUCACCUUUGUUUUGAUUUAUAACCUCACUGUGGACUCCCCAAGUGGCACUGUUUUUCCUCCCAGGGUUCAUUCUGGUCUCUCGUCAAUGUCUCCUUUUCUUUUUUGGGAGAUAUUGUGGGAUAUGCAGAUAUGCUCGCGAAGCCGGGCUCACUUGCUUGGAGUUCGGGGUUGAACUCGCACAUCCUUUUUUUUUUUUUUUUUUUUUACGAUCCACUUUCUUAACCCAGACCAGACGGGCUAAAUAACUGCCUCCCGAUCGACCAGUUCCCCUCAGCGGAGCCCCCAAUGCCCGCGGGAUAAUGGAUCCGGAAGUAUUGGGGAGGAUGUAGCGGCGAUGCACCCCGGGGGGUUAACCGACCGUGCAGCCACAGCGGUCUACGAGGAACAAUAACGGGACACUUUUGUCAUGGAUUUAUUUCCAUUAUUUCUGCAUUGUUUUCAGCUGAUUAUUUUUUUAUUUGAAAUGUAUUCAACUGAGAAAAUGAAAGCCCGUAGAAUCUGCACACAAAGAAAAGCAUAGUUACAUAUGACGCUAUUUGAUUAUUUUUUCUUUCUUUCUUUCUGUACGUUCUGUGCUCUUGGCCUGAUCAACUCUCUGUCACUGUUUUCAAAGGGAUACAUUAUCUCUCUCGCGGCAUCACACUGCAGCACUUACGUCAUGGCUGUGUUCAAACCAACAAUAACUAAACAACCAUUGUAGCCUCUAUGGGUGAUGGUGGCGUACUCGUCAAUUUUUCUGAUAUCAAUGUGAACAGAUUAUACCCAGAGUUCAACAGGGACAGCUCCAGGAUUUGGCUAUCGGCGGCCUGGGAAACACUCUCCAUGUGUAGUGACACACACCUCCCCUCUUUCCUCCAAUCCCAUCCCCUAAAAAUGUCUACCCCAACCCCUAAAAACGUCUCCCCUUCCCCUUCUCUUUCAUUUCCUUUUUUUGUAAAUAAUGUAUAAUGCAUUUUGAUAUCAUUGACAUGUUUUGAUAUGUCAGUCACUACCAAUGAAUACAGCUGAAAGUAAAUUAUAAAUAAAACUGUCCAUGUUUUUUUCAUAGAGAAAGGAUGCGCUGACUAUUUGGCUCAUGUGGCUAAAUUUCCAUAAAAAUGUAUAGAAUACAGUAACACAAUAAAUGCAGACUGUAUGCUAAAGCCUUGAAUGGUGGGGAGGAUAGGACAGAGAGAGGACAGGACAGAGGGAAGCAGACAAGCUGUGGCGUCCUCACUCUGCCCUUGUCUCCUUAUGUUUCUGUUAAAUGUUACUAUUGGCUUUGAAUAAUCAUUUGAAUCGUUUUUCCAAAGGGCAUCUUCUCACAAGAAAAAACAAAAAAAACAUGUGACCUCUUAUUGCAGUUUUUAAUAUGAUGAAUUUUUAUCAAUUUAAGAAAAACUUUUAAAAAGGUAAAAAUACUUAUGAGAACCAUUUUAAAUUAAGACUAGAACAAAAAGUAACUGUGUCCUUUGCUAUUGGCUCCUGUUAUAGCGUUGUAUAGAUCGAAGCUCUCUCACUGAUCCUCUCUCAGUCCUCUGUGUAUAUCGAUCGUUGGCCAUCUCUGUACUUCUAUUGUGAUGUAUAAUACUGUACCAUUAGGAAGAGUUGCUGGUUGGGCGGGGUGGUUAUGUUGAGUCGGGGAGGGGUGGGGAUUCAAGGGAAGGGAUAAAUGAUUCUCCUGUACCAUUCAUGGUCCUUUCUGAUGACACGGCAGUAUUCAAUAUGAAGCAGUCUGUCUCUUGGGUUUGCUUUGUAUUUUCAUGGUAGGAUAGUUCAGAAUCUUGUCUUAGGGACUUAGGUGUCUUGUGUAGGUAAUAAAGAUGUUCUUUGUAUGUUUCUUUAUAUUGUAAAGUUUCUUUAGACUGAAAGAAAAACAGAUAAUUUGCUUAUCAAAAAAGAAACAAUGCAUCAAUAAUAAAUGUCAUUUGAUUUUU